AUGGCGGCUGCAGCGGCGGCGGCGGCGGCGGCGGCGGCGGCUUCGGCGGCUCAGCAGCUCUCGGAUGAGGAGCUUUUCUCUCAGCUGCGCCGUUACGGCCUGUCUCCCGGCCCGGUGACGGAGAGCACCCGGCCCGUCUACCUGAAGAAGCUGAAGAAGCUCCGCGAGGAGGAGCAGCAGCCGCCGCCGGCGCCGCCGCAGGAGCAGCAGCAGCAGCAGCAGCAGCAGCAGCAGCAGCAGCAGCACCGGACCGGGGGCCGCAGCGCCAAGACGCGGAACAACAACAACAAUAACACGGCGGCCGUGGGGGCGCCGCCGGGGGCGGGGGCGGCCGCGGCCGCCGCCGGCAUGGGGGGCAGGCCGCUCUCGGGCGACCUCUCGUACCUGCGGACCUCGGGGGCGCUCAGCCGCGGCUUGGCCUCGGCCCCCGAUAACCCGCCCGGAGCCGCGGCCGCGGCCGCCGGGGCCACGGCCGCCCCCGCCCUGGCCGCCGGCGGCAGCAAGGUGCUGCUGGGCUUCAGCUCGGACGAGUCGGACGCCGAGGCCAGCCCCAGGGACCAGGCCAGCGGCGGCAGGAAGGAGCGGGCGGCCCUGCAGUCCCGCGGCGGGGCCAAGCCCGCGCCCCUGGCCGACGGCGAGGCGGGUCCCGGCCAGCCCGCCGAGAGGAGGAAGCCGCACGCGUGGUGGGGGGCCCGGAGACCUGCGUCCGCCCCGGAGCCCCUCGGGGCGGCGGGGAGAGAGGGAGCGCCGGAGGACGCGGAAGAGGGAGGGGACGGCGGCGGCGGCGGCGGUGGUGGCGGCGAGAGGGAGCCGGAGGGCGAGGAGCUGCGCUGGACGAGCCGGCCCGUGAACGGCAGCCGGCUCCUCCCCUUCAGCUGCCGGGAGAACUACUCGGACUCGGAGGAGGAGGAGGAGCAGGACAACGUGGCCGUCGCCCGGCCGCUCUUCAGGGACGACUCGCUGCUCCGGCCCCGGCCCAGGCGCAGCCACGGCAAACCCCCCGCAGGCGUCCGAGGGGAGGCCCCGCACCCCGCGACGGCGACCGCGGGCGGCUGCCCGGGAAGUGACAGGGCCGCCGGCAGUCUAGACCGGAGGCGAGGUCCGGAGGAGGGGGGGGGAUGCGACCCGCUGGACUGCAGCCCCAUCCCCAGAUACCGCCUCAACUCCAAGAAACCGACCCCGCUCCUCCCCGACGGGGACCUGACCCUGGAUCGCAAAACCAAUAACCACAUCGGCAGGGGAGGCUUCCACCUGGACCCCCCCAGGGUCUACGCCAACAGCAUCCCGCACAGCUCCCUGGUCGCCUCCGCCUCCUCCUCUCCGCUCGGAAUCAAUCACUCCAAUCACACGGGCUCCAAUCAUACCUACCUGAAAAACACCUACCAGCAGAAGCUUUCAGAACCGGAGGAGGAACUUCUGCAGCAGUUUAAACGGGAGGAGGUGUCCACCCCCGGGGGCUUCAGUGCCCACUAUUUAUCCAUGUUUCUCUUGACUGCUGCCUGCUUGUUUUUCUUGAUACUUGGACUCACCUACCUUGGCAUGAGAGGUACAGGAGUGUCUGAGGACCGGGCACUCAGCGUAAAAAGCCCCUUUGAUGAAACAUUUGAAAAGAUACAAGCAAAUGAAAAAAAUCUCAUGAUGAAUUCAUUAUACAAACUUCACGAUCGAUUGGCACAAGUAGCAGGAGAUCACGAGUGUGGCAAUUCCAUCCAGAGGAGGCUUUCUGUCCAGGAGGUAGCUGCAUAUUUAAAAGAUUUAGGUCCUGAAUAUGAAGAUGUAUUUAACAUGUCUUUGCAAUGGAUUUUAGAAAAUGGAAAGGAUGUUGGCAUAAGGUGUAUUGGUAAUGGCUCAAGUGAAGAUUUGACAAACAUAACUGAUGUGCAGUUCCUGCAAUCUACCAGACCUCAGAUGUCUUUCUGGUGUCGCUUUCGACGUGCAUUUGUUACUGUGACUCACAGAUUAUUGUUGUUGUGCUUAUUGUUGUUGUUGUGCUUCGGUGUAGUGAUGGCUUGUGUAGUUCUGCAUUAUGUGAAAUACCACUGGACGAAAGAAGAGGAAGAAACAAGGCAGAUGUAUGAUAUGGUGAUAAAGAUUAUAGAUGUGUUGCGAAGUCAUAAUGACGCUUGCCAAGAAAAUAAAGAUUUACAGCCAUACAUGCCUAUUCCACAUGUUCGAGAUUCUUUAAUACCACCUCCAGACAGGAAAAAAAUGAAGAAAGUCUGGGAUAGAGCCGUGGACUUUCUGGCAGCAGAUGAAUCUAGAGUUCGCACAGAGACACAAAGAAUAGGCGGCGUAGAUUUUCUGGUUUGGAGGUGGAUACAGCCGGCAGCGUCCCGUGACAAAAUCUUAGUGGUACCCUCUAAAGUUUGGCAAGGACAAGCAUUUCAUUUAGAUCGAAGAAAUUCACCGCCAAAUAGUCUGACACCAUGUCUAAAGAUUCGAAAUAUGUUUGAUCCUGUUAUGGAAAUAGGGGAUCAUUGGCACCUGGCAAUUCAAGAAGCAAUUUUAGAAAAAUGCAGCGAUAAUGAUGGCAUCGUUCACAUUGCAGUAGACAGAAACUCGUGUGAGGGUUGUGUUUAUGUUAAAUGUCUGUCUCCAGAAUAUGCUGGAAAGGCUUUUAAGGCAUUACAUGGCUCAUGGUUUGAUGGAAAACUGGUAACAGUAAAAUACCUACGACUAGAUAGAUACCAUCAUCGCUUUCCCCAAGCUCUCACUUGCAACGUUCCCUUGAAGCCAUCAAACAAACAUAUGAACUCUAUGUCUCAUCUCCGUCUUCAGACAGGCACAGCUAAUUCUCAGGGAAGCUCCUGAGAGAGUAUUUCUCCCACUGCUAAGACUAUUCACAGCAGGAAAAUCCCUGUUUGGCUGCCGGUCUUCCUUUUUUUUUUUUUUUUUUUAAGUUUUUUGUAUGUAAUAUUUUCAUUGAUGAACACAGGUCUGCUUGAAUGUUCCAGAAAUCUUCAGUUUCCAGAGGGACUUAGAAUAACAUUGAACAAAAAGAACAAUUGCUUCCUGUCAUUUGGGGAGUUCAAAUCAACCAAUGCAUUUAAAGUUUUGCAUGAGGAACAUUGAAUUUAUUAAACAUUUUUCAUUAUGGUGGUUGUACAUUGCACCAAGAAGUGUUUUAAUAACCACAUAAAAGCAUGGUGAAGAGAAGACUUAUUGCAUUUUCAUAGUUUCCUGUGAACUAAUGUUGUGAGUUUUUGUAACCAACCACCUACAUGGUUCCUGAUGACUGAUACGUAAAACUGUUAAUUUCAGAAUUUAAUCUUAGGUUUCUGUUGCUGUAAGAGAUUCAUUUGCUGCCGCUGGAAUAUGGGGAAAUUUCUUUGGCUUUAGUGGUUGCAUAUUAGUGUGAAGGGAUGCAGAUAUAUUUAAACUGGUUUUUGUAUAUACAUGUAAAUGCUGGUGGUGGCAAAGGUAGUCCUGUUCUGUGAGGAUGUCUGCAUUAAUGCAGUGAAUAAGCUUCCUAUUUUAUUCAUAACCUAAUGUUUUAUAUUAUAUAUAAAUAUAUAUAAAUAUAUAUAGGCUGUACCAUCACUUAGGUCAAUCAGCCAAACACCUUAAAGUAUUAGAUACCAGUUUAAAAUAUCUUUUAUAGGUUUUAUAUAAAAUGUCUGGCUAUGAUUUUGUGUGAAAGUUCUGAUACCAAUUGUAAUGAAUUCAAAUUUAUGUAAGCAAUAAAGAAGCAAUUGGCAGAUACUGGAAAAAUAUUUUGUGAAAAGCUGUAUUUAUUAUAACAGGACUGUGACAAAGAACCAUUGGGAUUGAGUCACUCUCCCAAUCUAUUUAUAAUUUAAUAAAGUCUUAACCACCCAGUUAUCUGUAAAGUUGGAAGCAGUGUACCAUUUUGCAAUAAAAUGUACAUUUGUUUGACAAAUAAUAUUUGCGAUUUUGGGUUUGAGAGCUGGAAUUAUAGUAAAUGUACAAGUGACAAUUACUUUGUGCCUCAGUAUUAAAAUUCAACUAUUGAUAAGUUAUUUUAUUACUGUUGAUAAUUUCUGAGUAAGAAUGAUUGCUGAGCAAAAUUUAGUUGUAUUCUUCUGAUUGGCUCUCCUAAUAUCCUGUUGAUACAGCAUAUCUAUCAAUUCUUCAAAGGAAUUCUGCAUAGAUAGCAAGCCUGGAAAUACAUGAGUUCUGAUAAUUUUGUUUAAAGCUCAGUUUUUUUCCUGUUUUUGUAAAUGUGUUGGGUUUGCAGCAUGAACUUGCACAGAUAAUGCACGUUUUCUGGUUAAGUAAACAUGAUGCACACUUCUGCAACACAAAACCCUAUUGUGCCUUACCUUCGUGCUUUUGUGGGCACCAUGUUUAUGAAGAAUAAAGGUGGAUUUGUUAACUGAAGAGAAUACAUUUAAAAUUCUCAGUUUACGUCUCAGAUGCUAAAGUGUGAAAAUAUAGAUAUAUAAUAUAUAAAUUAACUGAUCUUGCUGUAUUUUAUGUGCAUCAUAGUGAUUUGUUGACUUAAGCUUAGUGACCCCAUCUUGUGACCUGUUGCAAGAAUGAAUGUAAAAAUAGCUGUGGCAUUUUAAAAGGUCGCCUUUUGAUGCAAAUGCAUCUUUCCCUUGCUUCUAAAAUAUAGUUCAUGUAAACAUUGUACAUUUAUUAUUGUAACAUGUACUAUUAUGCCGCAUAUUUUACCUACAACUGUUUAAGCUGACCAAUAUCCCUCCCUGCAAGACAGAUGGGAAUGUGUAUAAUAACCUAGACAUUUGAGACGUUCAGAUGUUUGAUGUAAUUUGUCACUUGUCCUGUUUAAAAAAAAACACAAAACACAAAAAGAAAAAAAAACUCUAAUUAAAAGUUUAUUAGGGGUUUUUACAUA